UUCCCUCCCACCAGCCAACCAACUUCCAACUUCUCUUCCCCUUCCAUCCCAUCAACUUUCACCACCUGCAUCACUCAUCGAUUUAUCCCCCCCCUUACAAACUCUCACCACUCUCCAUUCCAUUAUCACCCUCCGAAGUCACCACUCACCUCUAUUCACUCCCAUUCUUUUGCUACCAUCCAACUUCUAUCUGUCCAGUUUUGAAACCGGCUUGGAUAAUCGCGUUGGAGAAGCAGUCGGCUUUCCGGUCGUCGCGCGUUUCCCUCCCUUUGUCUCCCUUUGAUUGCUUGCACCACGACUUGGAAUCGGAACCUUACACAACGCUUAUCCUUUCGACACUAUUGGAAUCCAGUACAUCACGAUUCAGCGAUCGUUCUUCGUUGGUUUGGUGCUGGGAUUGUUUGAGGAGAUAUAUCGUCACCUAGGAUACACGUAUCGCACCCAAAAUGGCGACAACACCACCACCGCCUUCCAGGCUAAGGGUUCCUCCUACACCCCGACAUGGUGCCAAGUAUGAUCACUAUGAGCCUUAUUCGACGCGUUUUUCGUCCAGACUAGCAAGUCAACGUGCCUCCAGAGAGUCUCAGACUACGCCUCCGCCUAGUUUUCCGCCCGCGCGCCAGAGUUCCAAGCUCCCAAAGAAGCAGAAUGUUUCGGAGUCGGCAACCUUGUCACCACCAGGCUCUAUCCAAAGCUCACCCCGGAAGCAAAAGUCGGGCCGACUUUUUGGAACACAUUCACUAGCACACCCCGCUCUUGACGAGUCUGACCCUUUCAACACCGAACCUUCUCACUCUCGCCCCCCGCAAUCUUUUCGACCAACACUCACCGAAGGGAUGUUGCCCACGCCAGCCAAAACCCCGCGCAAGAAGGCAGUCGCCGAUGUUGGAAAUACCGCCAGGGUUCUGUUUCCUCCGCCGUCCGGCUCCAAUUCGCGGCGGAAGCCUAAGAAACAUACUGGAUUCUCGCUAGACAGUUUCACUGAGGACUACGGCCAGAGUUCGACGGAGAUCAAGAUCUACACUGACUCUCGUGAUCGGAUUCCAGAGGUAGACAAGAGUGAAGGCAACCCAUUCAACAAGAAGCCCGGUAGUAACACAGGCACACGCACAUCCCGACGCAAAGAGAUGAUCCGUGAAAAGGAGGUUGAUGAGUCGGUCAAGCGUGAAGAUGGCAUGGUCUACGUAUUCCGCGGCAAGAAAGUGUUCCGCAAGUUCACCGAUGACGUCGACAGCUGCGCCGAGGACGAUGAUGACGACGAUCUAGGCUUGCUGGCGGCCCGUCCAGAUCUCAUUGAUGAGGAUUUGGUUGCAAAGCUUCGACCCCUUACCCGUUCGUCGAUCAAACCUCGCGUGCUCUUCCGUGCCGCGGCUUCUGAUGCACAAUUGGGUAGCACAGGCAAUGCGGACGAAGAGGCCGCGACAGAUAUUGAGGAUCAGGUGCUCGAUGUCGAGGCUGAAGAGAUAGACAACGUGGAACCCGAUCUCGAUGUACUGCAGCGGCCAGUCACGCCUCCUCUCCGAACUGCCACCGCAACACCUCCGUCUCUUGGCGGCACCGUACGCUCUCUGCGCUCUCGGACUAAACCAGACGACACCGAGCAAAGUGACAACCCGUCCACCUCGGGCUCGGAAACCAAGAGGAAGCGUGUUAGUCCCUUUGAUGGAUGGCUUCGAAGGAAGCAAACUCCCGCCUUGGUCGGUAAUAAAGCCAAGAAGCGCGACGCGGACGCUGCUGCCAGUCCUGGUGGUCCUGUUCCAAAGAAGACCCGCAGCAAUCGCGCAACUGCCUCAACAUCUUGAUGACGAGCCUCAGGCUGACCAGCACAAAUCUCUGAGAAAUCACGCUCGACGUCUAUCGAUCUUCUUACUUACCCCGGAGUCUCAUGCGGUGUUUUGCGAAUCUUUGUGUUCUUUCUCUCGUCUGACAUUUACCUCACUCCGUGUUUCAGCGUGUUAAGCUCUUUUCUUCCAUUCGAUUGACGCAUUCAACUCUCCUGUCGGUGUCUUGCUCACAGCAACACGUUGCCAGAAACACUCGACUGUGAAAUGGACAGUUUGUGAUCAAGGAUAAUUGUCUUUGUGGGAUGCUGGAUAAGCGGGAUGGAUCAGGCUGGUUUGGCGAAGCACAUAUGGAUGGCGUUUUUUUUUUUUUUCCUUCUUUGUUUUUCCAUUCUUCUCAACCAAUGCUUGCGACAACGAUGGC